AUGUACAUGCACAGAAAUACACACGCACAGACACAUGUACAUACAUACACAGACACAUGUACAUACAGACACAAACAUACACACAUAUACACACACACGCAGACACAUGUACAUACACGCAGACACAUGUACAGGUACACACAUGAACAUACACACAUACACAUGUACAAUUGUAUAUGCAUACACAGGCACACAAACACACACACACACACACACACACGUACACCCCCCUUCCCCCAUAAAAAGCCGCAGUACUUCGUUGUUCACUCACAGAUCCGGGUACUGCACUCUAGGGGGAGGCAGAGAGCACAGCACACACUCCUUGGUUUGCUUUCACUGCGCUCAGCUAUUGAGCAGUCUGAUGGCUCCCAGUGCCAAUGACAGAUCCGGCCUGAGAUCUGAGCCUGCUCAGCAAGACAGCCCUGGGGGACACACUAGCCCCCACCAAAAUUUCCACUCGCCAUUGGCGAGCAGAAAUUUCAAGCCCUGAUCUA